AUGGCCACUACACUCAUGUCAAUCGCUGCUCCAAGAUCCGGUCCCAAACUGGAUAAUACUAACAGCAAUAAUACUAAUCAUAAUACGAUUAGAAAAGUGGCACAUGGUGAUGAGAAAGUGAAACCGGACUCACAAGGACAACAGUCUGCCGCUCCAACCCAGAGAGAUACGAUCCGGGAAUCUGCGUCCAGGGUGCAUCGUCAAAAAUCAAAAAAUGACAGAGCAUUGGUUGGACGAUACAAACUCAUCCGAACCAUUGGGACGGGCAAUUUUGCCACCGUGAAACUGGCUGACCAUCUACUCACCGGAAAGGCAGUAGCGAUCAAGAUAAUUGAUAAAACAGAUUUGAGCUCGUCCAGCAGACGUAAACUCAGUCGAGAGGUGCGUCUGAUGAAGGGACUCAAUCAUCCGAAUAUUGUCCGGUUGUUGGAGAUUAUCGACACGGAGAAAAUUAUGUAUAUGGUGUUGGAGUAUGCCAGUGGGGGCGAAUUGUAUGAAUACUUGUUCAAGAAAGGGCGAAUGACCGAGGCAGUUGCACGACAGACAUUUCGACAAAUCCUGUCAGCGGUUCAGUACUGUCAUCAGAAACAGAUUAUUCACCGGGAUUUGAAGACAGAAAAUCUACUGUUGGACGAAAAUUUCAACAUUAAAUUGGGCGAUUUUGGUUUCGCAAAUGAAUUUCACGACGGAGUGAAAUUGAACACAUUCUGUGGAAGUCCACCGUACGCGGCUCCCGAAUUGUUUCUAGGAAAAGAAUACGAUGGCCCGGAAGUUGAUGUUUGGUCCUUAGGCGUUAUUCUUUUCAAACUGGUCAGUGGAGCGUUGCCGUUUGAUGGUCAUACUUUGUCCAAAUUAAAAGAACGUGUUCUACGCGGAAAAUAUCGAAUUCCGUUUUACAUGUCCACAGAAUGUGAAAAAUUGCUGAAGAAAAUGCUCGUCCUGAAUCCUGCAAAAAGACACAGUCUGGAGGUAAGUAGAGCCAAAAAAUACAUGGGUGUUACGUAA